AAGAGAAUGGGUCACCAGACUCAAGAGGCCUAUUUACCUUAAUCAUGGAGUCUUCCUCAAAGGGCCUGCUCACCCAAGUUACUCAGUUCUGGAACCUCCUAGACGAUCUGGCUGAAAGUAAUCCUGAGAGCUACGAGAAGUUCAUUGAACAGCAGCUGAAAGAAGGGAAGCAGCUCUGUGCCACGCCAGAACCACAGCUCUGUCUACAAACCAGGAUCCUAAAACCCAAGGAAAAAGUACUUUUUAUUAACCUGUGUCAGUGGAAAAGGAUCCCAGCUCCCCAGUCAGCCACUCAUCCAGUACCUCUAAGGGUUGGAACACCAGAAGAUAUGUCUGAGACAUCAGAUGUUUAUACAGUCAUCGAUGUUGCCUACAGUCCUGAUGUUCUCCAGGCAGCAGAAAAGGACCAAGUAAAAAAAGAUCAAUUAAUACGGAUGGCCAUGAAAUGCAUUGAGGAACAAUUCCAGUUCACUCUCUCACACUCUUACAGUAUUGCUAAAUUUAGAAUAAAAGGAAGCAUUCAAAGGAUGAAACAAAAUCUGAUGGGAAUACAAGCUGACCCCACAGAUUUAAGAGAGAAAAUGAGAAAGGAACUAAGCCUUGAACAGAUUAGUGCUGUGAGCAAUCCAGAUCACUUUCAGCUUUUAUUGCCAAAAGAAGUUGCAAGCAAAGCAAGGUGUCUGAUUGAGGAGAUUUCCAGCUCAGAGACCCAGGUAGAGAUGAAGGAACCAGCCUAUGAAUUAAAAACUGUGGCUGACCAGAAUGAUAAACCUCUGGAAAUUGAAAUAAAAGUUGAAUUACCUGGUAUGGAUUCCGUCGCUCUCUGUGAUCUUCGUGUUUCUGAGGAUGAUUUAUUGAUCGAGGUCUCUGAGAAGUACAGAUUACAUCUGAAUCUUCCAGAAUUUGUGGAUACUGAAAUGACUACAGCCAAAUUUAUCAAAGAGAAAGCUACAUUAAUCAUCACAAUGCCAUUGGUCAAAUUUUUGCAUCAGGAAUAAGUCUCAAACUGUGUGAAUUUUCUAAUACCAAGAAGAACUGAAGCAGUGAAAGUUUCCUCCAGCUAUGAAUUUAUAGGGCCAAUGUAGUAGUAUGCAAACCUAUGCUUCUAUGAACCUCUGUACUACUACAACAGUUCUGAUGGGAGGAGUCCAAGUUACCCAGAUCUUUUAAUAUCAAAGAAGAGACUUGUCUGUGGACUGGAUACCACGAUGCAGUUAACAAUAACAGGAUGUUAUUGUACAGAAGAUGUAAAAUACAUCUAGCCCUAAGAAAAAGGAUGUGACUUUGGGACAAGUGCCUUUCUCCUAUGA